AUGACGUCUGUAUACAUUGACAACACGACAGCUGGAGAUAGAUAUAACACAUUAGAUAUCGUUCAAGAACCACAACAAAUCUGCUUACCAAUUUAUAAAGAUACAAUAAAUUCUGUUAUUUCAUUAGAAGAUGCUGUUAAACCUCUUGUUGAAUGUAUACCAAAAAUUCUUAGAAAAGUUCAACAAGCAAAACAAAACUGUCAAAAUCCAUCAGAUGGUCUUUCAUCUGAUGAAUCAGCUGCAAUAUAUCUUUUUUCAAUGAGAUGGAAACCAGAUGAUGAAUGUUUAUAUUUUAUUCUUAAUACAAUUCUUCGUAGUCAUGAUGUAGAAAAAUUAAAACCAUGGAAUCUUUAUUUAAAACUUUUAUUUUCAGCUCUUCAUCGACUUCCUUCAAUUGAGAUUACGUUUUAUCAAGAUAUAAAACAGGAUUUAAUUAAAAAUAAGAAUUUAAAAGAAAAUUUUAUUGUUUUUCGAGACUUCACAUUUUGUUCAUUAUCCAUUCCUUUAUCACAAAAAUCGACAAGAAAUAGAACAAUUUUAGAAUUCAAAUGUCAUAAUGCAAAAUUUAUUGAAAGACAUAUUUUUAAUUCUGAUAAAAAUGAAAUUCUCCUUAUGCCAACACAAUUUCAAUUUACUAAAUAUGUGGAUAGAAGAAAUGAUCUUGAUAUUAUUCAAUUCGAAGAAUAUAAUAAAUCAUCACCUCUCAUUACAUUCCCUAUUAUUUUCAAACAAAUUCAUGAGUCAAUUACUUCUAUGAAAAAAUUUACAUCAACAGUAACACCAAUGAAUACAUUAUCAGAUACACUUUAUCGUAAUUCAAAACUUGAAAGACAAAUUGCUUCACAUCUAUUACGUUCACAAAUGAAUUUAACAUAUCAAAAUUUAACUGUUAAUGAUGUACCUAUUAUAAUUAAACAAGCAAUUAUCGACAAACAAUGUACAAAACUUUUAUUAGAUAAUAAUUCUCUUAAUGUUGAAUUUAUAUCAAAUCUAGUUUUAGCAUUACCAAACAAUACAACAUUACAAGAACUACAUUUUUUUCGAGCCAACAUUGAUGAUAAAUGUGUGCAAAUUCUGGCACAAGCACUUGCAUUUAAUAAUUCUUCCGUUACUUUACUUGGCUUAAAUUACAAUUCUAUUACAGAUAUAGGUGUACAAUAUUUAGCUGAAAUGUUUAAUACAAAUACAAUAUUAACUUGUUUACAAGUGCGUAGUAAUCCAAUUCGUAAGAAAGGAAUCAAACUUUUGCUCAAUGCACGUCAUGAUCCAAGAAAUAAUCUUCAACAGUUAGAUAUUGAUAUAAAAAAGAGUUCAAUAAAUUUCGAAAGAAUAUUCAAAAGUAUUUGUCAUUUAGAAACAUGA